UAUCCCUGAGAGUGAAAAAUUAUUUUACUGCGCCCACCUCCUGCUGAGUGGUGUUCCGCUGCAUACAGCGCCUAUCCCAUAAUCCAUCACACCAAGAGAAUUUCCUUCAGUUUGGGACAAUGAUUCCUCGUUAUACCAUCGGCUGCUGGAUUCUGUUGUUUUUUUCACCAGGAUAUUAUCAUGUUCUUGCCAAAGUCGUCCGAGUAGCACGGGGAUUGGACGCCACGUUACGCUGCACAUCAAAGACGACUUUUAAACCAACAUGGGAAUGGAACGUGAAACCGGGAAGUAACAUCCAGACGUUGGUGUUGGAGAGCACUGCGUAUCUGCUGGUGGAAAAGUUUCAGGAGACGAACGAGGGGCUGUACUACUGUGUCAAUGAAACCGAUAAAAAAUCUGGGGUGAAACUGGAAAGACAGAAAGGUGUAAAAAAUCGCACACAUGAAGUGUUCAGACGCCCUAAGACAGGCCCGUUGCAGCUCUUUUGUGAAGCUCAGUCCGGUGCGAAGCUUGAGGGGUUUUGGAGGCGGGAACCGACGGCUUCUGAAGGAGAUUCCUGCAAACGGCAUGGCACGGAUCUUGCGCUCUUUGAAAAUCGAUCUGAAGUAAAGAAUUGGCCUGACAACAAAUUUGAGCUGCGCAUCUCCCCGCUGCUUUGGGAAGACCAUGGACACUACCGAUGCGUUCUGUGUAAAAACCGCAGUAUUGACAAAACAUGCACUUAUGAAAUAAUUACAGUUGAUGUGUACCAGGAACCUGCGGAGCUCAUGGAGGGAGGAAAUGGCUCCGUGGUUUGUAAAGUUUCGCACGCGAGACAGGGCACCAAACUGUUGUGGAUAGAGGUGGAAAGUCAGCAGAAGUUCGCCAGCGCUGACGGGUUCGGGAUUGAGUUUGCGCUCUCGGUGAUAAACGUCACACUGAAGCGGAGCGCUUGGGUGUGUGCCGUGUUUUACAAGGACCGUCUUCGAGCCCUGCUGCCGUUAAACCUGACGAUAAAGAGACAAGGUGAGGUGCUGAAGGAACCCCGAAUGAAGAUGCGGUGA